UGACGUUUUUCUUAUAGUCAGAUGUCCCUUGCAAAAUCAGUGAAAACCUAUUUUUUCGCAACCAGGAAUUUUCUCUAGUUUUUUGAAGAAUGGCUGUACUACCAUUUUUUGAUUUGUCGAAAUAUGAAGGUGAUGGAUUCAAAGCACUAGAGUGGCUUCGAUACGUGGGUUGUUUAGAAACUCGGGUACCUCUUGAACACUUUGAAAAGUCUUUGGAAAAAAUCAAAAAGAUUUCAGGGUUUGUUGAUUUGAUUGUUGACACAACGACUGGAUUAUCCAUUGAAGAAUGCGUCAAGAUAUUGAACGCAGGUGCUCUGGCCGUUUUGGUGAAUGAAGAAGUUUUGCAAGAACUGUGUGAUAUUUCUCCUAGUCGCCUCAUUUUAAAGACAAAUACCACUGAUAUCAAAAAGAUUGAAGAGCUCUGUAGAUUUGCUGGCUCUUUCCAAUGGAUUGCAAAAGAGCAAGACUAUCCUCCUGACUUUUUUGAAAAAGCUAGUAAGCUAGUCCAUAAAUCGGUUCUGCCGGCCGGUGGAAAUCGUAUGCUUUAUCUUGAAUUUCCCCUCAAACCAUCUAUGGAUACUCUAGCCUCUAUUUCAUUGCAUUCUGUUGUUCCAGUUGUCACUGAUGAGUAUCUUACCGUCAACAGCGAUGCUGAACCGGAAAAGUUGCAUCUUGCUGAUAUGAUUAUGUUUGAAGCCAAGACCGAUCGAAAGGACGACUUGUACUCUACUUUGGUUGUGAACGAGCUUGGCGUUGCUCUUGGCCUUGUCUACUCGAGUAAGGAGAGCGUGGCCGAGUCCUUGAAAACAGGUACCGGUGUUUAUCAAUCCCGUAAGCGUGGAUUGUGGUACAAAGGAGCAACUUCUGGUGCUGUCCAACACCUUUUGCGUGUUGAUUUGGACUGUGAUGGAGACUGUUUGCGUUUCAUCGUUCACCAAACUGGAAAAGGCUUCUGUCACCUCGAUACUUUGCAUUGUUUCGGCCAUGCUUCUGGAUUUUCUCAGUUGGAAUCUGUUUUAACAGACAGAAAAGAAAAUGCCCCAGAAGGCUCUUAUACUGCUCGCCUCUUUUCCGACCCGAAACUUCUUCGUGCCAAAAUCAUGGAAGAAGCAGAAGAGCUUUGUGACGCCAAGACGAAGGAUGAAGUUACUUGGGAAAUGGCCGAUUUACUCUACUUUGCUAUAACCCGUUGCGUCGGCUCCGGUGUUACAUUAGAAGAUAUCAGCCGCCAUUUGGAUUUAAAACAUCGUAAAGUCACUAGAAGAAAAGGUGAUGCUAAAAAGGAUUGGGAAGAAAAGUUGAAAGAUAAGGGAGGUGUUGCUAAUACUGACUCUUCAUGAUUUUCUUUUAUUCGUUGAGAUUACUUCUUCACUUGCAAUAGAAUAAAAACAGAAAAAACCAAGAAAACAGACUGCUACUUUAAUGUCCUGUUAUCAAUUGCAUAAAACUAACCGCAUGUUUUUACAACAAAAUUGAGAUUUUGUUCCUAACGUCAUAUUUCUAUAAAUAAAAUCUUUUAACGAUUAAUCAAAAAUUAAAAAUAACAAAAACAAACCUUACUGAUAGCUUUCUUCAUAGAAUAUCAUAACCAAA